UAUUUCAAAAAGAUGGCUGUUAUUUCCCGAUCAAGAUCAAUUAGAUUCUCGUCAUGUAGUUCAAAAUACAGCUUCAAUUAACCCUGACAAUUUUAUUUCACUUAAGUCUAAGCUUUAUAUGGUUGAAACACGAUAUAUGGGCUUUUUAGAUGAACAGCAAAAGUCAGUCCUUCUAAACCAACUUGAUGAUAUUUUGACAGUUCCAGAAGUUAAGCUUUCUGAUAUAAAAGUACCAGAAAAAAUUAUAGAAAAAGGCCGUCCUUCCGGAACCAAAUGA